GCAUCCUCCUGCCGUCGCUGGAAGAACGAACGGAUUGCCAACGCACAGAUUGAACCUCCCAUCCUUCUUUUUUUCCCCUUCUUGUCCACCACGUCAAGUCUCAAAUUCCGCCGAUGCCGGCAAACAACGGUCCUCGAAGAGCCUCCAAGCGGCAGGCUGGUGGCCUCCAGAACGAGCGGAAGCGGGCGCAAAACCGGAUUUCCCAGCAGUGCCUCCGCGAACGGCACGCCGCGAGUGCUCGCCACCUGGAGAGCGUCGUUCAGGCCAUGAGGUCGGGAAGCGAUGCGGACAGUAAGGAGCGGUACAGCAUUCUUCUCGAGUCGCACAUGAAGCUUAUCGAGGAGAACCGGUUCCUGGAGGAGGCCCUGUUUCGUCUCAGGAAGAAGCUUCUGAGCAUGUCCAAUUCCGCAUCUACCGCAGCAGACGACCCCAUCUUCGACCGGCUACUGAAUCGGGAGAGCAAGAGAGCCACGACCAGCAGCCCGCCGGCACCAGGUUCGUCGAGCUCCAGCAGCCCGCCGGGUCUUGCUUCGUCGAUUUCCUGUGCGAUGCAGGAUAGUAGCACGUUCUUCUCGAAAACGCCGCCCCCGGAUAAGAACGACGCCGAGUCGUCGGAGGCGCCGAACCAACCUGGAGAUGGCUCGGGCCUCGGAAUGGCCUGUCUUGGUCCCGAGUCGUUCCAGAACAUGGAACUGUUGGCAUCAGUCGAAUACGCCGACGAACAGGCACUCGAGUCGAUGGCCUUCUUCGACCCGUUAAUGAACAAGUUCGGCCUCAACGCUUCCUCGAACCGCAUGCCCUCGCCGCUGCCGACCCUGCCCAACCUGGAUGCUAUCGCAAUCAGGUCGUCCACUGUAUUUGCGGACAAGAUUUUGCAUGCUUCCAUCAAUCUCAUUGCAAGGGCUCGUGAUCUGCCAGGCUUAUGCGACCUCACAGAGAAGCAAUUAGCGGGGCAGAUCGCGGUCGCAGCAGUGAACCUGCUGGCUACGAGGUCCGGUCUAGAGUCGUACCUCUACGGCGUGAACGGAGCACACUACAUGGAGAAAGUGCUUAACUGGCGCCUCGGCAAAGGCAACCGUUCCGGCGUCCCUCUGCCUUUCCGUCCCACGCCCCUACAAUCCAGCCACGCGCGGAUGCACCUCGCCAUCGACUUCUUCAAUUGGCCGGACCUCCGCGACCAGAUCUUACUUAACCUGGAUAACAUCGACCUCGACACGCUGGUCCGAGACGUCGUGCUGAAUACGGUCGUUGACCUGCCGCAUCGCAACAUCGCCGUCAACGUGUGGGACCUGUUCCAGAACCGCAUCCUGACGCGCACGCCCCAGCGGGUCGGCGGAGGCGGCGGCGGCUCCCUCUUCCAGCCGGACUGGGCCUUCUUCGAAAUCAACACCUUCGACGCGGACUUCGAUCCCACCGUCCCCGACCCCGUCGAGGAGGCCUUGGUCCGGCAGCUAGCUCGGUGCGUCCGGAAGUUCGGCCAGAGCCAGAACCCGCCGCUGGCCGCCAUGGUGCCGGAGCCCGAGCAGCGCGAUCUCGACGGUCCCGCCGACGACCUGGAGACGCCGCUGGUGGCGUAUGACCGCAGGUUCCGCAAGAGCGAUGUCGCCAGCUUCUUUGGGCUGGCGAAGGUGAGCGAGUGGAGGCUCAGUAAGGAGUUCGCGAGGAAGUACGCUUUCCUUGAUUGCUCUUCAGUUGCGGCGAAGUGCGACAUGGCGCCCCGUCUAUCCGAUCUUUAUCUAUGAGAGAUAAGCUAGACUAUGACCGAACAGGCGUCCCUCUUCUACGGCGCAUACGGAGUUCACUCGUUUGGCUACGAUCCAUGUAGCCUCUAUCUAAGAAGGAAAAUACGCGUGGGGCGCAAAGGUUAUGGCUAUUGGCUAGCAAUUUGAGUCAGGAAAUGGAAUUAGCAGAGCACGGAGUUGUAAAGUGUUACGAGGGAUGGCGUAGGUAUUACCAUCAGCACAUGUUGUUCGCUGUUUAGUGGCUGCUCAUUAGUGACACUGGAGUUUUCAUCUCUCUGCGAAGCAGUAUGUAACUAUCUUUGAAUGUCAGGCUGUCAAGAGUCAGUAAGCCAGAGGGGAGAUAUGGGCAGACGCAGAAAGUCGGCCCGAAAGGCUCGGAAUUGCAAUAUCAGAAACUCGUGAC